AUGGAAUCAAUGUCAACACGGAAACGUGAGCAUUCUCAACAUAUAGAAACAAAAGGCUCUCUUAGACUAUAUGAGCAACUUGUAAUUUUACUUCGGACAAGAAGUGAGAUUAAGUUCCUAUGCAACCGCGUUUCCUUGUCUUUGAGGGCCUGCAUAGUGAUUGAGCUUGCCCUUUGCGGAGCAAUAGGCUUAAAAGAAGGCAGAGUGGUGGGGAAAGACAAUACAUUAAACAAUUCACUUCUGCUAGAGGCGAUGAGCAAGAUUUAUCAGGUCCAGCUACCUCCUGACGAACUCAUGUACAGGCUCAACGGAGAAAAAAGAGGAGGAAGUGUUCAUAUGAAAAAUGUCAGACUAAGAGUUUAUAAGGAUCUUGAAGAAAGACGGAUAUGUAGAGUCGAAAAUAAGAACUUGAUAUUCAAUAAGAUUACUAUGAGUGAUUACAACAUAAGGAUAGAGUUGAUAAAUUACAUAAAGGAAUAUCUAACCUGUAGCAAAGAGAUAGACUACAGAGCAGAAGCUCUUGUUGUGUGCCUAACAUUUUGCUCGGCAAUAGACAGUAUACUCAUCUGCAUGACAGAGAAGGAGGCAGCGGCAUCUAGUGCCCAUAUAAGCAGGAUAAAAGAGAAAUACAUGGUUAAAAGAACAUAUGGAUCUAGACGAGAGACAAUCAUAUAUUCUGUCCUUAAUGCUCUUCUGAGCUCGUGA